CACAGGAAGUGAUUGCGUUAGGCUAGCUGUUAGAGCUAGCAGUUUGCUUUCGUAACAACUAGUAGGUAAGCACGCCGACGUCUGUGAUUCACUGGCACCAGAUGGAUUCUCCACGGCAAUCUAAGAGGUCCAACCAAAAACGAGAAGGAAAGGGCAGUCAAAGUGAGUUCAAACCCCCCCGUCGUAAAGAUGCAUAUGCCAGACUUGUGAGCCAGCACCGCAGCUGCACCUUCACUAAAUUCCUGGAGCAGUAUUCCAAGGAGUCGUCUCUCGCAAGGGAAGACAAUGGGCCGAGUGUACGGCUUCAAGCCCAGGGUGACAGGUUGAAUACGAACCAGCAAAAAGUAGACUUAGUACCAAAUCCUUCUGCUGAUUCCAGUGACUUUUCUCCCUGUCCCUGGAAAGAAAAAGGAGACGAGAGCUCCUUGUCUUUGUAUAUGAUGAAAUUAAGCAUUCAUAAUGCACAACAAGAUGGAGAAAGGAAACCAGGUGUGUCUGAGAAGCAGCGGAAGGCACAAAGAAGGGAUACAGCCACCAGUCAAGAUGGCGACAUCGAAUCCGGUGAGGAGUUCAGUGCUUUAGGACCAAAUGACACCAAGAAGCACCAGCGUCAGCGGAAGAAAACCAAAGACUCCAAUAAGGAUCUCUCCUCAAAGGACAGUGGCUUAUUAACGGAGUGUAAAUUCAGUUCAACCCCCCCUGAGGAAGAAGACACAAAGAAGCCAAAGAAAGAUCCAUCCAAGCAGAUGGACGAUGGGAAGCCAAAAGAUGCAAUAUCAAAAUGUGGAGGUGACUCUCACAAGUCAAGACCUGCGUUCCCUCAUGACAAAAACAAACAGCAAAAACCUACAGCGUCCAGUGUCAAGUCCACUGCAGAGAAGAAUAAGAAGAGUGGAGGCAGGGGGUCGAGGAAACAAGUGUUUGAACCUUAUAUGGCCGCCGAGGAUGUAUCUCAUGGCCUUAAACGAGGAGAACUUAUUCAGGGACAACUGCGAAUCAACCCAAAGAAGUACCAUGAAGCUUUCAUCCCAUCUCCUGAUGACACCCGGGAUAUCUUUUUGGAUGGGAUUAUAGCUCGUAACAGGGCACUGAAUGGAGACGUAGUUGCGGUACAAGUCUUACCACGGGAGCAAUGGAAGGUUGUGAGGUCUGACACUGACUGUGAAGGAGCCAGUGAGCCAGAGACCCAGAAGGCACGUGUGGUGCAAACUACCCAGAAUAAGAUGGAGCAAAAGCCAUGCGUGUCUGUGGAAGAAGUGCAUAGUGAUCCGGAUGAACCUGCAUGCAAAGACCCACUGAAAAACACCUUAACACCACAGUCCAAUGGGGAAAUACUUCAAAUGACUGCUAAAGUGGUGUACAUUGUUGAAAAGAAGCACUCGAGGGCUGUGACAGGCUCCCUAAAAUUUCUACCCGACAAACCUUUCGCUAUGUUCUCCCCUGUGGACCACCGUGUGCCAAGGAUUAAUGUUCCCCUCAGCGACUGCCCAGAGGACUUCAGCUCCCGUCCGGGCGAUUACGCUAACACCUUGUUCAUCUGCCGUAUCACCAACUGGCCAUCUGACAGUAACUUUGCAGAAGGCCGACUGGCAAAGACUUUGGGUCAAGCUGGCGAAAUCGAGCCUGAAACGGAAGGUAUUCUGGUCGAGUAUGACGUCGAUUUUUCCGAGUUCUCAGAUGAAGUGUUAAACUGCUUGCCCAAGAAUGUUCCCUGGACCAUCCCACCUGAGGAGAUGACCAAGAGAAGAGACCUAAGGAAGGAGUGCAUCUUCACAAUUGACCCUGCAACCGCCAGAGACCUGGAUGAUGCCCUGUCUUGUAAACUGCUUCCAGAUGGCAACUUUGAGGUGGGAGUCCACAUUGCCGACGUGACUUAUUUUGUGGAGGAGGGCAACGCUUUGGAUGCCUGUGCGAGCCAGCGAUCCACAAGUGUGUACCUUGUUCAAAAAGUGAUCCCCAUGUUACCAAGGCUGCUUUGUGAGGAGCUAUGCAGUCUGAACCCUCUGAUUGACAGGCUCACCUUCUCAGUCAUAUGGAAAAUCUCACCAGAAGGGAAGAUCCUGAGUGAGUGGUUUGGCCGCUCUGUGAUUCGCUCCUGCGUCAAAUUAAGUUACGACCACGCACAGAGCAUGAUCGAUGCCCCGGAGAAGAUGUUUGCGGCAGAAGAACUGCCACCCGUGGACCCCGAGCACCCCAUUGAUGAGAUCCACCAAGCUGUGCUGAACCUCCAUUCCAUUGCCAAGAACCUCAGAGCUCAGCGUUUCUGUGGUGGAGCGCUCCGACUGGACCAGCUGAAACUGUCUUUCACGUUGGACAAAGAGACCAUGAUGCCUCAAGGCUGCUACAUUUACCAGUACAGAGACAGUAACAAGUUGGUGGAGGAGUUCAUGCUUCUGGCUAACAUUGCCACAGCCAACCAUAUUUAUAAACGCUUCCCUGAGCUGGCAUUGCUCAGACGCCACCCUCCACCCAAGGCCAAGAUGGUGGAUGAGCUACAGGAGCUGUGUGACCAGCUGGGCAUCGACAUUGACCUUUCAUCCGCCGGUGCUUUGCAUAAGAGUCUACUUGCCACACUUGGUGUUGAUGAAUAUUCCACUGCCAGGAAGGAAGUCCUGACCCAUAUGUGCUCCAGACCCAUGCAGAUGGCACUGUACUUUUGUACAGGUGUCCUCCAUGAUGAAAAGCUUUUCAAGCAUUACGCCCUGAACGUUCCUCUUUACACUCACUUCACGUCCCCCAUCAGACGCUACGCCGAUAUCAUCGUGCACCGACUUCUGGCGUCUUCGCUGAAGUGUGGUCCUAAGUUAGGACUGUCAACAGAGGAAGUCCAAAAACGGGCAACGCGCUGCAACGAAAAGAAGACUGCAUCCAAAAGAGUACAAGAGCUCAGCUCUGAACUCUUCUUUGGAGUAUUUGUGAAGGACUGUGGCCCCCUGGACUCUGAAGCUAUGGUGAUGGGCGUAUUGGAUCAGUCCUUCGACGUGCUGGUUCUUCGCUACGGGGUUCAGAAACGCAUCUACUGCAAGUCUGUCGCCGGCCUGGCAUCUUUCCAACAUCGCAAGGUAGGGAAAACAUCACAGCUGACUCUCCUGUGGACGCCUGAGGACCUUCAGGAACCCCCAGUAGAACAGGUCAUUUCCAUCUUCACACUAGUGGAUGUGCAGCUCAAAGCAGACAGCGCACCCAUGAAAUACAGCGCCGUGCUCAAGAGACCCAACGCAAACGCAUCUUAACUACGACAUCACUGUGCUCCGUCACUGCUGGACACGUACAGUAAGCAGCGUUACUCGGUUUUGCGCACGGACAUCACCAUGAGCUGCGAACCACUUGUACGCACCUGUCUAAUAUUGUGUGACUUGAAGAAAAACAUAGCAGUGAGCUCAUGGACGUACUUAGGACUUGUGGGUAAUAGAUUUUAGCCUCAUUUAUUGUGUGCAGGAAUUGUUCUAAUCAUGAAUUUUUGACGGCUUUUCUUUUUACCAUAAUACAUGGAAGUGGUAUUUUAAAAAAAAAAAAAAAAAAAAAAGGAAUAGGAUGUGAAAUUUCUUAUUCUACUUCAGGCUUAUGCCACAGUUAGCAUUUGCACAUGUCAACUAGUAUUUCUUAAAUGAAGUAAUUGCAGCAUUUUAUGCAGUGAAACAUGUAUAUUUCACAUAGUACCGCUCAUUGGUUUACAUUUAAGUUCCCAGAACUGGGAUACUCAAGGCCUAAACGUGGUUCUUGUAUUACUUAGCUUAAUAAGCUGAAUAAUUUAUUCAUCUUUGUCGUUUUUUUUUAAUACAAGAUUGAGGAAAGACUUGAAUGUAAAUUGCUACUGAGGUCAUUAAUUUUAUUCGAAUGUGCUUGGAAGCUUUUUUUUUUCAUACUCGUACUUUUAAACAAGCUUCCCAUUUUUGCUUUAACAGUACCUCAUUUAAGUUCAUGCAGAGUUGUGCCGUUUGAUUAGUUUUUUUCAUGCACGGUUUAGUUUGCUUCAAGGAAAACUGCACUUUUGGGGGGUAUCAUCCACAAUCCUUAUGCAUAGCAUGAACACAUGUCUUUCUCAUUAGUAGCCAUUCUAAAGAUAUAAAAACAGAUAAAAUAGACCGCUAAUAAGGUUUUAUGGUUUUAUAUGUACAGUAGUAACAGGCACAUUCAUGUUGACGUAUUCAGGGUUAGCAGGCAUUCACAUUUGCUCUCAUUUAUUUCUUGUUUAAACACUCAAGUUAAAAUUUUGACCCAUAUUGAGUUGUGGACUCCUAUAGAGCAGCUCCACACAGUAACCAGCACAGUAAACUUUCUAGAUCUUCCAGAUUCUCCCCUAAAUAGUUUAGUUUAAUUUACUCUACCCCCGGCCCGCCUCCAGGUACGGCCACGCUGCUGUGAUUAGUCAUACUUCCAAGCGCUCCUGAGGACUUCCGAGCAGCUGCCGAGCUCAUUUUGUCCGCUCAUAAAUUGUGACUUGCAGGUGCUUUUGCAGCUCCAAAUUGGAGCGUUACCUUUUGGCAGCGACUUGAUGCACUCUCUCCACGGGCGAAGCUAGUCGCUAGCCAGCUAGUAGCUAGCCGUUGGUGGUGUGGCAAUAUGUGUUAAUAUGCCGGUAAAGUAGUUCUUCAGCGUAACAAUGUUAAUAAUAAUAUUAAUAAUUAGGGCUGUAACUAAAGAUUAUUUCCAUAGUCGAUUUUAAUUUUAAUCGGAAGCUUGUUUCGAUUAAUCGAGUAAUCACGUGGGCCCAACACCUCACACAAAGGAUGACUGAAGAAAUUAAAACAUAGACAGACAUUUGAUAGGCGGAAAUCAGAGGGUGUUUAAACUUUUUAAAUAAAAACAAUUAACUGAAUAUAUUGCUAAAAUAGUUACUGAUUAUUUUGGUGAUUGAUUAAUCAGCGAUUAAUUAAUGAAGCUCUGACAACAAUUUUGGAGCUUUUAUUCACAAGGCUUUAUGGGUGGAGUUUUAGCUAAGUUUUUUUUUUUUUUUAGGUGUUUUUAAGUCUUUAGAAUGCACAGUUCAUAUUUGGCAUAAGGAUUGUGGCUAAUGGGCAACCCCCCCCCCCCCCCCCCCCCCGCCACAAAAAGUGCACUUUUCCUUUAAACAUGCGGACUACAUUUGUUUUAACUGCCAAAUAACUGGACUGUUUGUGAUUUGUGUGUUGAAAAUGUUAUCUCCAUGUGUGUAACCUUAAUUACUCAAUUGUGUGCCGCAGACAUUUUUCAUGUCUACUGGAUGUUAGGAAAAAAAGGUAGCAAGAGAGUCUAGAUAAAUAAACCCAUAUGUGAAAAUGUGUUCCUGCUUUCUCACUAUUUUUUUUUCCUCCCUUUCCCAAAUAGACGUUAAAUACAUUCGGACAAUUCACAGGGAGCGUCUGCAGGUGACUCCAGACAGUCUGCACCGGGUACAUUUUUCAAUGGAGACAUCCUUAUGUGUAUGUGACAUUUUUAACACUUGAGUGAUAAAAGCAACAUCGCCAAUUAUCAGUCCGUCGUGCUGAUAAACCUCUCCAAAAAGGUGUGUCUGUAAAGAAACAGGUGUUGGGUGUGAUCACUUAUGCAACCUAUUUUAGUACCUUAAGGAAUCUAUCAAAUUGUUUAUAAUACGUAUUCAUUAUUUGUCAUGGUUUUUGUAUGUUUUUUUUUAUUACACAACGUAUUCAUCAGCAACAUAAAAA